UUCUUCCUCAUUUUCUCCAAACCUUAAUUUCGUAGAUCGUUCCUGAAAUCCUUUCCUCUUCCCCUUCUUCGAUUCCGUUUCACGAUCUGGUCUACGAUCAAUCAAUACACACUCCACUUCGUUUCUCCCUUUAAUCUCAUUUAUGGAUUCUCUUCUCUUCUCUCACUCCGUUUUUCUUUAUAAAACUCUUAAUCCGAAUUUUGUUUCGAUCAAACUUGGUUGUCUCUCUCAUUAGUCUACUGUGAUGAGUUCCUACGUAGUAUCGACGAUUUCCGGUGAUCCUAAUUCGAGUAAAGCAAAAGGCGACGAUGCGGACUCCUCUUCCGGUGCGAGCAAACACAUCGGCAAACCGGUGUUUCUUCCGGCCUCACCAUCGACGAUCCCAACUCGGAGAAAGCAAAAGGUGAACGACGAGUUUCAAGAGGCUCGAAAAGAGAUGAUUAAGUUCUGGAAUGAGAAUGAGGAUUUGUUGAGUGGAGGGAGAUAAGAGUGAAGAGGAUUGGGCACUUAAACACGAAGCCGUUUGUGCUAGCAGUGAAGAAGAAACUUAGAUGAGGUUCAAGAGAAAAAGCAGGGAUAAAAGCUAUGGAGUUGUGCUCAUUUUGGGAAGGACAAGUUGGAGAUGUCGAGAUCGAGCAGAAAGCCCUUAGCUCUCCUGAAGUUGGAAUUGGACCGUAUGUGGAAGUAGCGUUCUACCAUAAACGUUCAAGAACUCUGUUAGUCACUGAUGCUGUGAUCUUCGUCCCGAGGAAGCCGCCAUCAAGUAUCAGCAGCGAAUCAUUGCUGGCUUCUGCUAAGAACGGACUAGCUGUGAAGAUACUUAGCAAUGGCAAACAAGUACCUAAUGACCCUGUUGUUGAUACCCCAAACACCCGCCAAAAAGGAUGGGAGAGAAUGGUACUGCAAAUCCUGUUUCUUGGUCCUUCGAAUCUCUUGGAACCAAAUGCAAGCUUUGCACAGAUGUCACAGAAGCUGAUCGUUUCGCCCAUUGUCAACACUCUGGUCUUUAGCAAAGUCCCUGAGAAGGCGAGGGACUGGAUUGAUGAGAUAGCGAGUGAGUGGAGGUUUAAGAAGAUAAUACCAGCUCAUUUCGAGGCUCCGGUAAACGCAGGGAGGUCAGAGUUUCUAGCUGCAUUUGGGUUUCUGGAUGAUCUUCUAGGUGAAAGAUAUGUAAACCGUCCUCCUUCCCUCUCUAUUCUCUUCACUUCACUGAUGGGUAAAGCUGCAAGCUAUUUUCCUCCGGAUGACAUGAGAACUCUCUCUUCUCUUGAUCAGUUCUUAGUCUCUGUUGGUGCUGUUAAAAAGACCAACGAAGAUGAUGGAAUAAAACAGUGUUUUAAGAAUAUAGAAACGAUUUGGUCUUGUAAUUUACUUGUGUCUCUUAGUAUUCAACAAGUUCUGAAUCAUCACUUGCAGCAAGCUAGAAAAGAGAUUUGAUUUUAUACUUUUAUAUUUAAAAAAACGUUCAACACUU